AUGUCGACACCCACGCCGGCGGCAAUGAAGCAUGCCCCUUCGCAGCAGGGACGAACUCCUUCAGGUCAACAGGGCCGCACGCCGUCACACUUUCCAGCCGCCACGCCACCCGUGUCGACGCCCUUCAACGCUGCCCAGGCCGCCUUCUCCCCUCGCGGCCAGCACUCGUCGCCGCAGCAUGUCAAGAGGUCGCCUGCCACCAUGGGCAUGGCGGGUCAAUCGACGAUGGCUUCUCUCAACUUUGACAGUCCCUCCACCGCGGCUGCUAUGGGCGCUCUCGGCAUUGGAAAUGGCUUUGACAUGGGCCUUGAAGGCGUCGCUGGCCUCGACGGCGUCAGCGCAGCCUACGCUAGUGAGGAGGAAAAGCUACGAAGAUUAGAGAACAUCAUCAAAAUGUUAAACCAAAAGAAGGGCAUGGUGAGCGAAGCCGGCCUCGAACGACUCGCACAACGACUCGGCAUGGAACUCCUCUCCGAAGAACACUCUACACCUGGAGGCCACAAAACGAAAACCUUGGCCAUUGCCGGCUCUGCUGUAGCUCUCGAUAUUGUCUUGGACAACAACAUAGUCCAGAACGCGACUCUUUCAUACCACGGAAACGCAGACUGCGUCACAAAACACAUCGACGCCGCUAGCCAGAUACUACUCAGAGACCUGCAGCUCCUGCCUGGUCAAAGCCCUCUCACAAAAACCCUAGAGAGGUUUGCCAUGAAUUUCGAGCGCCUUGCCAAGUUGGACAAGCUAAGCAUUGUUCCAGGGCUGGAUUGCCACGAGGCGCUGGCGAGCAUGUAUUCUAGUUUGGAGCGCUUAUACGAAUGGGACUUGGAGCAACUGCGCCGAGAUCCUGCCAUGGCUGGCAAGCCAGAUUCCCUCAUAGCGACUGCUGCCAUGUGCACCAGGCACGGCAAGCCAGUUAUGCAUGAACGCGGCCAGGUUGGGCUGGCUCUACAGUACUGGAAAGAGACGAGGUUUAUCGCACCGCCUGCUGGACAAGAAGCUAACAACAAGAGCAAAGUAUGGUCGAUGCUUCUUGGUUGCGCUGGAAUUGAUGGCGUGGGACUGCCGCCCGCUCGGGUGUCCGAAAACUGGAUCUCCAAAGAUAUUGUCAAGCACGAUGAACUAGGCCACACUCUGACUCCUCUCCUUGACUGGCUCGAGCCUGACCAUGUGUCUUUACCGCAAUCCGACGAAAACAAGGACGCCAGUAUGGACAUGCUGCAGGCUGACCUGUCGACUACGAGAGUCCCUCGCGUCAUGUUCACAGCGACGUUUGAUCCCCCCGUUAUUCUUCCCCAGACCGAAUGGGCGCGCCUUUACGCACUCGCGGGUGUCGAGCCGCCCAACAUGAACCCGUCCAACGACUUCAACCGCCAGCCCCCUACCUUUGACGCUCUAUUCUUCCCCAUCACGCCAGGCACGCGGCAAGAUCCCAGCGAAGCCCGCACGAUUACUCGCCAACACCAGGUGCCCAUGAUCAACACGUACAAUGAGCCUUUGAUAAGAACGCAUCAAAACAGCUUAUUCAUCUACAAGCCCAUAUACUCGCAGGAACUAUCCGAGUUGCCAUUUGGACAUCCCCGCCAACUUGUCGACAUGCUGCCGGUGCUCCGUCAGUAUGCAUUCUUGUCGACGUUGCUCGAAAGCAGCUUCAGCCGAGAGGAUAGGACUGCUGUCGAGAGCAAUACCGAGUCGGACACGCAGCGGGAUGAAAUCAAAAAGUCGCAGACGUCAACCAUGAAAGACCAGCUCGCUACCUUUUUGGCCUUGGAUGAUAACAGCACAAAGGCAAGCAGUGGCGUUCCCGUCAGUGUUCCGGCAGACUUUUCAAUGGAUGUCAUUCUCUGGGUCCAUCCCUCGCCGCACAUGCAGGUCGUCUUUCCUAUGCGCGAGACGACGGCCAACAUUACCCUGAGCAUUCUGGAAGGAGGACAGGUGAAAAUCAUUCACGAAAACGUUCUCGGCGAGGAACCAGGCCCGAUCAAAGAGAUCAAUGGAAGCAACGUCACAAGAGAGCAUCUGGCCAAGGUGCUAGAACGUCUCGAGAAUCUUAGCAAAUGGGCCGAAUGGAUUCGAUCUCGAUUGUAA